AUGAUUCAAGUAUUGCAUCAUCCAGGAUUGGUUGUAUUGAAAUACAUAGUUCUGAUUGCAUGCCAGGUGAAAUGGGCAUGGGAUUGCCUUAUCGUUCAUUUCUUCUUUCAGCCUCGUGGAAUAUUUGAAACACCAGAGUAUAUUGAUGACCUAACUAUACCCAGUUAUGAAAACUAUAAUCAUGAAGAGUGUGGGGAUUCAUCAGUAGAGUGUGCUGUUUGCUUAUGCAGAAUUGAUGAUUGGGAUGAGGUUAUAGAGCUGAGUUGCAACCAUCUUUAUCACAGAGUUUGCUUAGAAAGGUGGUUAGGAUAUGGUCACAGAACGUGUUCACUCUGCCGGUAUAACCUAAAGCCGCCACAACUGGUAGCGGAACACCAUCUACUCGAAGAGGUGAUACUAAUCAACUUCUGCGCCACCAGAUCAAGGGACGACCGCCGUACCUGGUGGCUACGCUAG